AUGGUCUUUCUAACAGACGACAUGUUGCAAACAUAUCAAGAUGCAUUUUGCAUGUUUGAAAAUCAUCUCGGUGUCAUCAAAUGUGAACUUUUGAGAGAUGCCUUAAAAACUCUGGGUUUCAACCCUACUGAUGUGGAGUUACAAAAUAUGACCAUAAUGGCAGAUAAAGAUGGAAAUAACGGGUUAAACUUUAACGAGUUUGUUGAUUUAACGCAAAGAUUGCAGAGUGACGAAAAAGAAACAAAAGCAGCUCGUGAUUCGUUCAACGCAUUCGAUUUUAUGGGAGAAGGUUACAUCGCAGCCAAAGAUAUUAAAGAAGCUUUACUGUACAUCAUGGAAAAAGCUCCGGAAGCCGACAAACAAAACAUUAUCAAACACUUCAAGUAAGUAAAACGAUAUUUGGUUCGUAUCACCGUCGCCGCACCUUUACUUGGGCGUUGCGGUAAGAGUGGGUACGUAAAUAUUUGAUAAGGCGUUAUAUUAAAAAUCUCCUUUUCUACUUCUUAAAAUAUUACUUGUGCAGGGAAAUGCAUAAUACACCUUUCCCGAAUUAGU